AUAGAUUAUUCUAGUUGUGAUGAUAUAUUGAAGUUCAUUCGACUUAAACCAAGCUGCCACAAUGGAUGAAAAGGUGGAAACUCUUCAAGCGGAGCUGCAACAUGCGAAGGAGGAGAAUCAUACUCUAAGACUCAUGCUGGAAAUUCUGAGCAGCAAAUACGAAAUGCUUCAGUCCCAUUUUCAAGAAAUCAAUAAUGCAGAGCAGGGGAGCAUAAACUCAAAUCAGUGGGAACGACCCGAGUUUCCCAAAGCACAAAAGCCAUCACAAAUAUUUGUCAGAACCCACCCCAAGGACAAUAGUUUGAUGGUAAUUGAUGGCUAUCAGUGGAGGAAGUAUGGACAGAAGGUCACCAAAGACAAUUCUUCGCCUAGAGCUUACUUCAAAUGCUCCAUGGCUCCCAGCUGCCCAGUCAAAAAAAAGGUGCAAAGAAGCAUACAUGAUAGGUCUAUACUUGUGGCAACUUAUGAAGGAGGGCACAACCAUGCUGUUCUUCAUGACUUACUCAGGCCAUCAUCAUCGUCCUCACACAAAUGUUCAAUGAUGGCGAAUGAUUUACCUAUGUCAAUCCUACCUAACCACAAAGAUAAGAUGAACAUUGACCUUGCUCUUUGUGGUUGGGCUCAAACAGAUACAAGACUAUGUGAAGAUCUUAAGCAACGGAGCGACCACGACAUCAACAGCAAAAAUGAAGAAUAUUAAGUUCUAUAAUCAAAGAUCCUGAGUUCACCGUACCAUUAACUGAAGCAGUUGUCCGCUCCAUCAAUGAACAACGUAACCAACAGGGUCUCAACCUGAAUUUGAGUCUUUUAGAACCCCAAGUGUGAAGUGAAGUGAAGUGAAUGCGUUUGUCCGCAACCCCACCACUCCGAAACAAAUAUAUGUAUCUGAAGAGACCGUAGUACUAUAAUUGAUACACCAUGAAGGCAACUUGUGUGCAAAUUGCUUUGCUAAAAAUGUGUUAAAUCAGGAGCUUGUAUGUUCCAUAAUAUGCCACAGGGGAUCUUAAUUUUUUUCACUUUAGAUAAUGUCAGGGACUCGGGGGAGCUAGAACUUGAGUUUCUAACUUGUUUUGUU